CGCAAAGGGUUUGUACCCGCAUGUUUCUCUUUUUCUGCUAGACGCCACUAUUGUUAUUCGCUGCGCAUCCGUCCUGUUUUCCGCAUGGAAACCCACCCGGCACGCUUGGGUCAACCGCUUAGUCCUACUUUGUCUCGCUGAUUUCUCACUCACACUUCCUCUUCUAACCUCUUUUGUUUACCACUUCCAUAUAUCCACAGCAUUUUACUUAAUUGUUGUCACCCUCUCGCUUGUACUUGCUCAUAUACUCUCCGUUGAUUGCGGCUACCAACCCCUGCUUCCCGUACAUUUACAUUACGGCCAAGGAGGGGUCAUUCAGCGAAUUGGUACCGGUGCAGAAAUAUGGUCGAGGUCUCAGAACUCCGGGGGGACCUCGUUCAGGUCACUCAGUCUACUCGCAUUGUGAUGCGCUGUCUCAGCACUGGGCGGGAUUCUCAGGAAACAUCACAAAAGGCUCUCACCCUGCUGGCGGAUAUCUUGGACUUGCUAUAUCGCAUCAAGGAGCAGAUCAGUUGGGGGGAGGAGAAAUGGCACGUGGACCCAUCGCGUCUGGUGGCUUUGGCCGAAAUGCUCUCCUGGCUGAAUUCCUCCAUGAAAUCAAUCGAGCUCUACUUUCAGCCGGGGGGAGUGAGCGUUGCUUACUUCCGGAAACACCUGUUGGAGAGAACAUUCCUACCGCGCCUGGAGCAGUAUAAGAUUCUCCUGUUGCUAGCAAUGCAGCCUGAUUCAGAGGAACGGUCUUGUUUGGAAGAAGAAAUACGAUAUACACUCCGGCUGGCUCGAGGUGUAGAUUGCGGCCCAACGGUUGAUUUACAAUUCGAGGAAGAUGCACUGGGCAUAACAAGUCGACUUUGCUCUGAACAAUUUAUUGGCCUCGCCGACUUGUGUAACCGACGUCUCAAAGGGUCAUGCAACUGGUUCUUCGAUCACACAGAGUACAGACGAUGGCUGCUUGGAACUUUCAAGACACUUUACUGUGUCGGUCCGCCUGGUGCGGGAAAAACAUUUCUUUCUUCUGCUAUCAUCGAUUCUCUGCAAAGAACUUUCACGGGGCCCGAUGUAGCCACGGUAUUCGUUAUCAUCCAGCAGGAGCAUGCAAAGGACCAUAAUUCCACCGAUAUUUUACGCAGCAUACUGGCUCAGCUCGUAUAUCGCAAGCGCAGUCUUUCUUAUGCAACAUCGUCUCUUUAUCACUCUGAAUCCUUAACAAAAGGGAGGGCCUCACCCAAGGAAUACCAUAACGCAAUACGUGCGGAAGUCAAUCGUUUCUCGAAAGCCAUGUUCGUCAUGGAUGGACUGGAACUACUUUCUGAUAAAGAGCGCAUUUUGAGCCGACUGCAGAAACUCCCAGAGCACGCACAGCUAUUAGUCACCCUUCGUGAAGUUACCCAAGUGGGAGACGCGUCUUAUGUGAGCAUCCUGGGAUCAUCAGAGGAUCUUCAAAGAUAUGCUAUCUCUCGGAUCGAGAAUGAUGCUGGAUUGAGGGGGUUGUUUGAAAAGGAACCGGACACUCGGUUGUACGAAGAGGUCGUAUACACUGUUGUGGAAAAGUGCCAUGGAGUUUUCCUUUUGGCGCAUAUACAUCUAGAUCUUCUGUCGCGCUACACAGACAGAAACCUUCUAGAACGAGCUUUGGUCCACUUACCAGAGAGUCUUAUUGAGGCCUACAGUGAAGCGAUGAAGCAGGUAGUGAGCAUCAACCCGAGUGCCGCUCGCUACGUAUACUGGACAUUAUAUGCUUUUCGGCCGUUGACGGUCGCAGAGCUAAAGUGUGCCACCAAAACCUCAACAAUAGAUGACGGAAGCAACAAUUCCACCUUCGAACACUCUCUGCAGGUGCAGACUGGUGGGCUCUUGACCGUGGAUGGAGAAUACCUCACUGGCACAAAGGAUAUUACGGAAGUGUGUAUUACAGCCAUCUCACCAGAUGAAGUGGUCGAUGACGCCAGUAGCGGCUUUCUCAGCUACGCGGCGAGAUACUGGGGCGACCAUGCUCGUCAAGUCCCUGAUGACGAGCAAACAAUACAGGUCCUCACAAAAACAUUUCUCAACAAGCUCCUGUGGCGACGGCCACCUUUGAAGGAUCUGAGUGAUGAAAGAGUCAUACCUAAAGGGCUAGGCCUUGGGUGUUAUCCUUCAGACUGGAGUGCUCUGCAUGUUUUGGCCUUCUUCGGCAUCAUCCCUCGAUCAAACCGUCUGAUCCUCCAAGGUGCCGAUGUCGAUGCACAUGACAACACCCUAAAGUUUACUCCACUUCAUUGUGCCGCGUAUCAACAUGGAGCCGACGUUAACGCCGUCGCACGAGAUGGAAGCACCGCACUGCAUUUGGCCACACAAUAUGGGCAGCGCAAAGUAUUAAAGGUCCUCUUUGCUCAUCGCGCUACAGGCCUCCAGGUGGCAGUUGGCACCGAAUCUGACGAAUCGACGAUCCCGUUGCUAGUGAAAAACCGAGUAGGCGUGAACAUCCGUAACAUUCACACUGGAGACACCGCGUUACACCUUGCUGUUGAAUGGAGAAGACCACGCAUCAUUCUCUUCCUUCUUGACAAAGGCGCUGCCAUUGACAUGAUGAACGAGAAUGGGUUCACGCCGCUGCAGCUAGCAGCGAAAAUUGAUAAUUGUGAGGCAAUCUCGCUUCUUCUUCAGCGAUGUGCCCAGGUAGAGACGCGCUCCCUGUCCGGACAUUGGGUUGCAUUUGAUCUAUUGGGGGAUUCUCUGCUCCACGAGCAGGCGAAAACCUCCUCCAAUACAGCAAUCGCUGCUAAGCUCCUAGAGCAAGGUGCCAAUAUAGAAGCUCGUAAUCACCAGGGGUAUACCCCCCUUCAGUGUGCUGCCAGAGCAGGAAACAGAGCGAUGUGGCUGUUUCUGCUUGACAAGGGAGCAAAGAUGGAUGUUGAAACUCCGAAAGGUGAAACACUCCUCCAUAUCACACCACCGAUCAACGAUGAUUGUCUCGAUAUUCUCAAACUUGCCCUGGACUUUGGACAUAACGUCAAUGCAGUGUCUAUGUUCACAGCCGAAUACAUCCAGAUGCUUCUCUCGUGUGGAGCAAAUAUCAAUGCUCGCGCCACAUCAGGAGCCGCGGAGACACCACUCCAUCUUGCACUUCUUCUGGACUUGGAUGCCGAUAUAAAUGCCAUGACUUCAGAAGGCAAGGCAGCCCUUCAUCUUGCAGCUGAACGCGAAGCGGGAGCAGAUGUGUCACUUGAGACCCCAGACAGUGCCACGUCUGACGAUGAUGACGAUGUUGAUGGUGAAGAGGAGGACGGGGCAGGGAGCACUGCGUUUGAUGUAGCUCGGAAGAACCCAUUUGGUGCGCAAUGGUUUGAUAAUGACGGUCAACUGCGUCCGGGGCCUCUUAGAACCCGUAGAGACAGCGUUGGAACGGACAUAGAGGAUCUACAUCCUGAGUGCUCGGAGGAGGACACGGCAGAGGCGACCCUUAUUGGAGGCGAACAGCCAUAUGUCCUCAUCACUUGA